AUACCAGAAAGGUUCCUAACAAGAGACAAUGUCAAGAUGAUUGUGUUAUGGGUAACACUGCUUGUUCUUCAUCAAGGAUAUACGCUGGUUCCAGUGAUCACAGUUCAACUUGGUGAACCUGUAAACUUGACAUGUGCCUCGCGUAAUUAUGAUCUCAGCAGAAUAAAUCUCUAUUGGUACAAACAAACUGCUGGUGAUACUCUGAAAUUAAUUGUGAAACUGUAUGGAUCUGCAACACCUCAGUAUGGACCAGAGUUUUCUCCCUCAAGAUUGAACGUACAUACUGACGAGAAUUUUAGUAACCUGACCAUUUUGACGACAACCCAAGAAGACGAGGGAAUGUACCAUUGUGCAUUCGUGGAGUGGAUUGAUUAUGAAUGGAGCGGGACAUAUUUGUUUGUAAAAGGAAACACUGAAAGGACAUCAAACUAUACUGUUGUUCAGUGGCCAACAGUAUCUGAUCCAGUCCGUCCAGGAGACUCUGUGACUCUCCAGUGUUCAAUCUUCUCUGACUACAAGAACAAGACGUGUCCAGGAGGACACAGUGUUUACUGGUUCAGAGCCAGAUCAGAUGCAUCUCAUCCAGACUUCAUCUACACUGAUGGAAGUAGCCAUGAUGAAUGUAGAAAGAAAACUGGCAUUCACUCAUCUCCAAAGAGCUGUGUCUACAGCUUCUCUAAAAGCGUCAGCUCCUCUGAUGCUGGGACUUAUUACUGUGCUGUGGCCACAUGUGGAGAGAUAUUAUUUGGAAAUGGAACUAAACUGGAACUUGUGCAAACAACACAUUCACUAUUUAUUGGAAUAGUGAUAUUAACAGUCUGCUUGGCCAUUUCUGUUGCUGCAAAUGUCGUCUUCAUCUGCAACCGAAGUCUAAGAGUACGUGAACAAUAUAAAGGAAUGGAAAGCACUAUUUCAGAAGCUCGACAUGACAACUUGCGUCAACCAGUACAUGAUAUUACUGAAACUGAUGACAGAAUGAACUACGCUGCACUGAAUUUCUCAGAAAGAAAAGCAACGAGAGGAAGAAAGAAGAAAGACUUUUCAGAGGACAGCGUGUACUCUCAAGUUAAAUGAUGAUACUGUUGAUAAUAUUGAGCAUUUGCAUCUGUUUGUGAUUGUUUUG